UCCAUCGUCACACACACACACAUCUCCCCGUAUUCUCCACAUAACUCUACCAGACACCCUUGAUUUUGUUUUUCCUAGCACCGCCGGCGACGUCCAUCACAAGCCGCGAUGUUCAAGAGCGGCGCAAACCCCUACGAUGAUAUCGUCGUCAAGACGACCGACGAAAACCUCACCAGCGAGAACUGGGAGCUCAUCCUGAACCUCUGCGACAAGGUGCAGGACGAGGGCGAGCAGGGCGCUCGGAGCGUCAUUGCUGCGAUCCUCAAGCGGCUCGCACACCGCAAUCCGAACGUCCAGCUCUACUCCCUCGCCCUCGCCGACUCGCUCUCGAAGAACUGCACCGUCGAACUCCAUCGCGAGAUCGCGUCGAGGGCAUUCACCCAGGCCCUCGAGAAACUGAUCACCGACCGGACGACACAUGACAAGGUCAGGCGCAAAGCCCUGAGUCUUAUAGCGAUGUGGGUCUCCGAGUUUGAGAACGACCCGACGCUGGGCGUGAUGGAAGACUGCUACAACAAUCUCAAAGCAAAGAACUACUCGUUCGAGGGCCCGCAAGAACCGCCGCCGCCUGACGUCAACGACGAAGUCCGCCGGCGCGAGGAAGAGGAGCUCCAGCGUGCCUUGGAGAUCUCCGUUCAGGACAAGGGUGGCCGUGCAGCGUGGAACCAGUACUCCCUCGCCUCGUCUAGUGCACAGGCGUCCUCCAGCGGCGCCGGCAGCUCGAGCGACGGCUACCAGCCCGCCGCCGCUACCUCGUCCUCCGCUGCCGCGCGCCAAGGGAGCGUUGGCAGCGCGAUUUACACGGGUGGCUACGUCCCCGGCCCCGUGCGCCAGGUGACUCCCCCGCAGGCGCAAUCUCAAGCGCAAGUGAGCCUACCGACAGCCUCGGCGACGCCGGUCGCCCUGUCGGUGUCGCCGACUCCGUCGACGACGACGAUAGUCACGCGGGUUCGUGCGUUGCACACGUUCGAGCCGACGGAGGCGGGCGAGCUUGCGUUCGAGAAGGGCGACGUCAUCAAGGUCGUCGAUCGUGGAUACAAGGACUGGUGGCGAGGUCAGCUCAAAGGCCGAACUGGGAUAUUCCCCGUCAACUACGUCGAACCGCUUCCCGAGCCAUCGGCCGCGGAGUUGGCCGCAGAGGCACAGCAGGAGUUCGCGGUGUUCUCACAGGCAGCGAACGUCGACCGCCUGCUCACGAUGCUCCGGUCGCUCGACCCCGCGAAGGACAACCUCGCGGACAACGAGGAGAUUCAAGAGCUGUACCGCUCGAGCAUGGCGCUGCGUCCCAAGAUCGUCAAGCUGAUCGACAAGUAUAGUCAGAAGCGAUCUGAUCUGGUGGCUAUGAACGAGACGUUUGUCAAGGCGCGCACUAUCUUCGACCGUAUGAUGGAAGAAAGCCUGGCUAGGCAUUCUGGCUACUACGACCA